AUGUCGGACGCCCAAGGUUCUCAAAACGCCACCGCCUCAUCCUCCUCUAGGCCCAAGCCUAAGCAGUGGGGAGGUGCAGAGGCUGCUGCUGCUCGGCAUAGCAAGAGGUUGGCCGCUCAAGAAGAGGCUCGCGAGGCUCGCGAGAAGGCUGAUCGCGAGAAGGCUGAGAACGCGGAGGCGGAGGCUGACCGCUGGGAGGAGCAGCAGAAGAAGAAGAGAGCUCGGGAGGACACAGACUCGGGCUCUGGUGACUCGGAGGACGAGUAUGUCGAGGAGGGUGCGAAGAAGAAGAGGUCGAAGAGGGGGAAGAAGGCCCCUACCCCUCUUCAAACUGUGGACGACGAGACCGAUGGGGAUGAGCUCGACGACGAGCAGGAGACCGAGGCUGCUGCUUCGGACCCUAAUUUCGCUGGAGACAAGCAGCGAGCCGUGUUGGGGGAAUAUCUCCCUCAAUUUUGGAAAUACCAGGCCGCCAGGAAGUACUGGACUCCCCAGCGAGUCUACGAGUACUGGAUGGAGGCCAGGGAGAUCGUUCGAGAGAAGAAGAAGGUGCCGGAGGGAGAGGAGGUGAAGGCGUCGGCUCAUAUUGAGUCUGCUAUGCAUAUCUACUUCGCCCCAAAGGGUAAGGUAUGGACGGGUCGCAAACGUUGCACCUGCUGCCAGAACCUCCCCCUGAAGGCGAAGAGGAGGAUCUCGAAGGAUGUUCCCGGUAUCAUCCUGAAAUGCAAGCAGAUUUCACCGACGGGGAGGUGCGCUCAGUGCGCUAUCGGGGGGAAUAAGUGCUCGCUGCAGUCGGAUGGUGACGAGUUGGUGAGGGUCAAGAAGGGUCUAGAUGAGGAGCUGCCGUAUGAGGAGACCGAGGCGCUAGCGGUGGCCCUCGAGACCUACUCGAAAAAGAAGGCGAGUCCGAAGGGGAACGUUUUCGUCGAUAAAAAUAGGAUGAAGGACUUCGCCGAGCUAGCUAGAUUUCUAGCUGAUCACGUCGCAGAGCUCAAGGAUGAUCUGCAAGGGUUACCGGUGCGAUACGACGAAGUCGACGAGAUCGAGGUGCUCGACGUCGAUGGUGAUAUCGUGGACUUCUCGUAG